AUGCCAUCUUCAACAAUUCCCAUUCCCAUUCCCAUCCCCAUCUCCCCAGCCCCCCAACCUCAAACCCAAGGCCACCACAACAACCCCCUCUCCCACAUCUCCUUCGGCGUCCGCUCCUACUCGGCCUCCAAAACCUUUUACAACGCCGUCCUCGCCCCCCUCGGCCUCAACCUCGUCUUUGACAGCGAAGCCUCUUCUCCCAGGACAUUCAAAAAGAACCACAUCCGCACCUUGGGUUACGGCCCAGACAAAGACAACGAGAUAAUCAACAUCUUCGAGCUCGGUCCUGACACAGUAACCGCGCCGCCGGGGCCGGGGUUCCACGUAGCGCUGAAUGCGCCGACGAGACUGGCGGUCGUGGAGUUCCAUUCUGCUGCUGUUCAGAAUGGCGGGGCGGAUAAUGGAUUACCCGGUGUGAGGGAGGAGUAUGGCAGGGAUUACUUUGCGGCGUUUGUGGUUGAUCCUGAUGGACAUCGGUUGGAGGUUGUUUGUAAGAGGAGGAUUGCGGUGUGA